AUGUUUCGUUUCCAUCCAAAUUAUAAAUUUAUUCAGCUCCACAAGAAGCUUACAGAUGCGAUUGAAAAGGGAUCGAACCUGUAUUGCCUCAAAACUGAGGACGGUAUGAACAUCCGGAAAAUUUUCAUCAAAAUUCUAGAUCCAACAAUAAAAAUCGAGGAAGUAAGGUACUUGAUGGCAAUCUACGGAGAAAUAGUGGACAUGAGGAUUAAUAUUGGACAUGAAAGAGUCAGAAUGAAGAAUCGCGGGUAUGUGACAUACAAAAGAUGCUGUGACGCAACAAAAGCACUUUUAAGUCGGAAGAAUUUCCAAGAAUACUUCCAUAUUAAUGCUGCAGACACUUGGCUGCAACCAGACUAUAUUGGAUAUACACUCAUGCUCAAUGUCAAUGAAAAAAUCGACAAUAAUGAAUCAGAAAUUUUAUCGAUCCUCGACGAUGAUUGCUUGUUGCAUGUCAUGUCCUUCCUAGAACCAAAUGAUGUAUUUAUGUUGAAAAAAGUUUGUAGCAAAUUUCAUGACCUUGCUGACUACUAUUUUCGUACGAUAAAGACUUUAAGUCUGACAACUGUGACUGGAUUUAAGCGAAUGACUCUUUUGGAAGCAAAACUAAUAUGUGAAAAAGUUGGCAAGAAUGUCACUCGAUUGACAAUUGACAGUGAAAAGUUUAAUAAUCAAAGGAUAUUAAGCUUAAUACCUAAAUAUUUUUUGAAUGUUAAGCAUUUAAAGCUUGUUGGAUUCAGGCUUGAUAGCAAAGAAUUUUGGUGUCAAAUGAAGAAGAUUUUGUUAAGUUUAGAGACAUUGGAUCUUAGUGACAAUAGCUUAAUACAUGAAAGUUUUAUGAACUGCUUCAAAAAGUCUAAAAUUAUCAAUUUAAAGUCAUUGAAUGUCUCAAAUAGCAACGUGAUUGGAGAUUUCCUUGAAAAUGUUCUGUUUCUCAACAAGCUUGACAUUUCUGGAUGUAGAAAUAUUAAUGGACGGCAUCUUAUUCCUUACACCAAAGGCAAUAAAAAUUUAUUGUCAUUAAACAUUGGAAGAUGUCCAAACAUUUAUGGACGAGCACUAAACGAAAUGCUUAUUAAUGCACAGCAAUUAACUUCUAUUACUCUUAAUAAUUAUUAUGUGGACGAAGAUACAUCCAGAUUUGUUAUCCCUAAUAUUAAUAGUAUGAUCAAUUUAAAGGAACUGUCUAUUCAUAACCUAAAUUAUCCACCAUGUGACCAGCUUUUAAGAACCAUAAAUUUGAACAAUUCCAUUGAAAUUUUAGACAUAUCUUAUGGGAACUUGACACUAACAACUAUCUAUGCAAUCAGUACAAUGAAAAAAUUAAGGAAGUUGAUUAUGAACUUUAAAACAGCAGUUUCUGAUGACUUGAUUGACUAUCUUGUGAAUAUGGAACAUCUUGAGGAAAUUCACAUUGCUGGAUGUUCCCAUCUAUCUGCUGAAAAUGUUUUAAGGCUGUUCAACAUCAGAUCCUUAAAGUUCAUUGACAUUUCAUGCUGUUAUGGCUUUACAAAUGACUUUAUCUUUCAAGCUGCAACUUUAAUAAUUGAAAAUUUACCAAGAGAACGUCUAAUCAUUCAUGUUGGACUUACAGAGAUAGAUCACAUAGUUAUUCAGCAUGCUGUUUAUGAGAAUGUUAAGAAGUACAUUUACUUGUCAUGGAAAACAGCUAAGAACACUGAGCAUGACUAUGAUAUUGAUGACGAAAAUAAUAAAACAGAGAAUCAACAGGAAUUUAUGCUGUAUAAUCUAGAUGACAUUAUAAACGUCCUGUCGAAUAUUGACGAUUGUGAUCCAAAAAUUGUUGCUGAAAUUAAGAGGAAUUUAUAA